AGAUCCCACAAAUCAGUUAUGCCUCAACUGCACCAGAGUUGAGUGAUGACAGGCGCUAUGAUUUCUUCUCACGGGUGGUUCCUCCAGAUUCCUUCCAAGCACAAGCAAUGGUGGACAUUGUGAAAGCUUUGGGAUGGAAUUAUGUAUCCACUUUGGCAUCUGAAGGGAAUUAUGGAGAAAAAGGAGUGGAGUCCUUCAUGCAAAUUUCCAGAGAGGCAGGUGGGCUCUGCAUCGCCCAGUCCCUGAAGAUCCCCCAGGACCGCAAGGACAAGACCAUCGACUUCGACAAAAUCAUCAGGCAGCUCCUGGAAACGCCCAACGCCAGGGCCAUCGUCAUCUUCGCCAACGAUGAGGACAUCAAGCAGAUCCUGGCGGCCGCCAAGAGGGCGGAUCAAGUGGGGCAUUUCCUGUGGGUGGGCUCGGACACGUGGGGCUCCAAGGUGAGCCCGCUGCUGCAGCAGGAGGACGUCGCCGAGGGGGCCAUCACCAUCCUGCCCAAGAGAGCCACCAUCGAGGGGUUCGAUGCCUAUUUUACCUCCCGCACCCUGGAGAACAACAGGAGGAACGUGUGGUUUGCAGAGUACUGGGAGGAGAACUUCAACUGCAAGCUGACCAUCACUGGCUCCAAGAAGGAGGACACGGACCGCAAAUGCACAGGGCAGGAGCGCAUCGGGAAGGACUCCCCGUACGAGCAGGAGGGGAAGGUGCAGUUCGUGAUCGACGCCGUGUACGCCAUGGCCCACGCGCUGCACCACAUGAACCGCGACCUGUGCGCCGACAGCACCGGGCUCUGCUCCGACAUGGAGCACGCGGGGGGCAAGAGGCUGCUCAAGUACAUCCGCAGCGUCAACUUCAACGGCAGUGCUGGCACUCCAGUGAUGUUCAACAAGAACGGGGAUGCCCCAGGGCGCUACGACAUCUUCCAGUUCCACACCACCAACACCAGCACCCCAGGCUACCGCCUCAUCGGCCAGUGGACAGAUGACCUGCAGCUCAACGUGGAGGAGAUGCAGUGGGGCGGGGGCGUGCGGGAGGUGCCGCCCUCGGUGUGCAGCCUGCCCUGCAAGCCCGGCGAGAGGAAGAAGAUGGUGAAGGGGAUGCCGUGCUGCUGGCACUGCGAGCUGUGCGACGGGUACCAGUACCAGGCGGACGAGGUCACCUGCCUGCUCUGCUCCUACAACGAGCGGCCCAACGAGAACCGCACCGGCUGCCGCUCCAUCCCCAUCAUCAAGCUGGAGUGGCACUCGCCCUGGGCCGUCAUCCCCGUCUUCCUGGCCAUGCUGGGGAUCAUCGCCACCAUCUUCGUCAUGGCCACCUUCAUCAGGUACAACGACACGCCCAUCGUGCGCGCCUCGGGCCGGGAGCUCAGCUACGUCCUGCUGACCGGCAUCUUCCUGUGCUACAUCAUCACCUUCCUGAUGAUCGCCAAGCCGGACGUGGCCGUCUGCUCCUUCCGCAGGAUCUUCCUGGGCCUGGGCAUGUGCAUCAGCUACGCGGCCCUGCUGACCAAAACCAACCGCAUCUACCGCAUCUUCGAGCAGGGCAAGAAGUCGGUGACCGCGCCCAGGCUGAUCAGCCCCACGUCCCAGCUGGCCAUCACCUCCAGCCUGAUAUCGGUGCAGCUCCUGGGGGUCUUCAUUUGGUUUGCAGUCGACCCGCCCAACAUCAUCAUAGAUUAUGAUGAGCAGAAAACUAUGAACCCUGAUCAAGCCAGAGGAGUUCUCAAAUGUGACAUUACGGAUCUACAAAUCAUAUGUUCCUUGGGUUAUAGCAUUCUGCUAAUGGUGACGUGCACUGUGUAUGCCAUCAAGACUCGGGGUGUCCCAGAGAAUUUUAAUGAAGCCAAACCCAUUGGAUUCACUAUGUACACUACCUGUAUAGUAUGGCUUGCCUUCAUUCCAAUAUUUUUUGGCACUGCCCAGUCAGCCGAAAAGCUCUACAUACAAACCACCACACUCACCAUAUCCAUGAACCUAAGUGCUUCGGUGGCGCUGGGGAUGCUCUACAUGCCGAAGGUUUACAUCAUCAUCUUCCACCCCGAGCUCAACGUGCAGAAGCGCAAGCGCAGCUUCAAGGCGGUGGUGACGGCGGCCACGAUGUCGUCGCGGCUCUCGCACAAGCCCAGCGACCGCCCCAACGGCGAGGCCAAGACCGAGCUGUGCGAGAACGUGGACCCCAACAACUGCAUACCACCAGUAAGAAAGAGUGUUCAAAAGUCUGUUACUUGGUACACUCUUCCACCUACUGUAUAGCUUUUGCCUGCUUUCCAAAAAGGGCCAUUAUGUUAACUCCCAGCUCAGGCAGAUAGGCUGAUUUGAGGUGUGAAGCUCUUGGUGAACAUCAGGAUGACCUGGAGCAUCCGAGGGCCAGAGCCAGGCGGGGUGAUGAGGGCUCGUCUGGAGGGGAAUGGAACAAAGCAGUCGAGGAGGAGAAGGGCCACUCAAAGUAUUAUUGCAAAUGAAAUGGGAAAGAGGAAAGGGCAGCUGUGUGAAGAUGAAAUUGUUCAAGGAAGGAGAUGAGAAGGAGCGAGAGAGAAGAUGCCUUAAAUCUCUGGAGAAAUCAUGUUUUAAAAUAAAACUGG